UCGUCUCUCCUUCCAGUUUAACGAAAGAGGAAAAAAAUUCCAUAACCAAAAUUUGAUAUUGCAGAAAUGUCACUUCAAAAUUUCCUCAGAAGUCUCAAAACUGUGAAAAGAGCACACAUGGAAUCGAUCUGCAGAACCCUAAUUUCAUCAUCUUCGCCUUUCAUCGACACCCCGCCUUCUAUUCUGUCCGCUCUCAAUUCCACAAUCCUCGACCACCUUCUGUCUGACCGACAAUUCAGCGCCUCAAAAUGUUUAGAUUUCUUCAAUUUCCUCCUGGAGAAUCCCUCAGUAAUCCCAUUCGAACCCGAUCUCCAAGCCCACUUGACUCUAAUAGGCAGGCUUCUCAUGCAACGAAAGUUCUCAGAUGCAGAGAAACUCUUGAAAUCUGUAUCGGUUGACGAGAUUCUCAGGUACCCUUUUCCCGCUAUAGCCUCUAAAGUUCCAAGUUGUUGUUUUGAAUCGAAAGUUGUAGCCAAGUUUUUCAAUUUGGUGCUUAAAGUUUAUUCUGAUAAUGGGAAAUUCAAUGAAGUUUUGGAGGAUUUUAAUUAUAUGAAGAGUAAUGGAAUUAAGAUUGAUGAGAGAACCUGUACCCUGCAUUUACUUGCUCUCAACAAAAAUGAUCAGGUGGAAUUAGGUCUAGCUUUUUUUAAUCAAAUGCUGGAAUCAGGUAUUCAGAUUUCUGUAUAUUCAUUGACUGUUAUGGUUGAUGGUUUAUGCAAGAAUGGAGAGAUAAAGAGAGGGAGGGAGUUGGUAGAGGAGAUGAUUGGUAAAGGAACUAAACCCAAUAUCACUACAUAUAAUACAAUGAUUGAUGCUUGUGCUAAGAGAUGGAGUUUUGGAGAGUUGGAUUUGAUAUUGAAUUUAAUGGAAAAGGAAAAUGAAGCAUUUAAUCUUGAUACAUACAAAAUUUUGGUUGAUGGGUUUACAAGUUGCGGAAAAAUCAAAGAAGCUGAGAAGUUGGUUUUGGAAAUGCAUGAUAAGGGUCUGAGAGUAGACGCCCAUUUGUAUAAUUUGAUGAUAAUCGGGUAUGGAAAAAUGGGUUCCGUGGAGUUAGCAUUUUCGUUGUUCAAUCAAAUGACUGCAGCAGGUGUCAACGCGAAUACUGAUACCCAUUGGGGUUUGAUAAAUGGUCUUUGCAAAGGGGGAGAUGUAGAGCUCGCGUUAAGAUACACGAAUAAGCUGCAGCGGAAAAGAGUACAGCUGGACCAGGUGAUAGUUAAUACUUUGAUUAAUGGAUUAUGUGAAAGAGGGAUGGUAUAUGAAGCCUUUGCUUGGCAAGUUGAGAUGGAAAUGAAAGGAUUUGAGGUUGAUUUAUCUGCAUAUAGCAAGAUAGCCUGUAGGUUGUGUGACUCAAAUCAUAUUGAGGAAGCAAAAAUGCUGUUGAACAAAAUGGUUAAAAGAGGUGUGAACCCUAAUGCAGCGAGGUUUAUAAAGUUGAUAGAUCUAUGAUACAACAAAAAGUUUCCGGUGGAAGCUAAAAUUUUUAAGAAAGAAAAAGGAUUUCCUGCUUUCUCUCAUAAAGACUCUUUUGGCAUGGGUGUUAAAGAAAAAGAAGUAGCAGAAGUUAUUGGCCGGAUAUGAAAAUGAAGAUGGGGAUGAUGGUGGUGGUGAACUGAACUUGUGAUGUUUGAUCUAUUCUACCAUGUGCCCUGAAUCGGAAGCGAAUAUUUCAGGGUUGUUUGAUUAAAAAGAUCAGAUUGAUGACUGAGAAUAGGUUCCAAACUUCCAAAGCUGACAUUAUCAUUUUUGGGUUGUCUUUUAAAGGUCACAAUAAUAACCAGGAAAAUGGAAGACAAACCAAAUUGCCAAAUGGUUCGUUGAACCCCUGCCGCAGGAGUUUGUGGCAACAGAGGGGAAGAAAUUGCUAAAAUAGUUUCGGAGCUUUCGUAGAACAUUCUCUUUAGCUGUCAUUCGAUUUGAGAGCAUUUGAAAUAGGAUUCAUGAGAACUGAGUAUUGAAGAAGUUUAGCAGGUUUUGAGAACAUUUGAUGGCAAGCUGGAUUCUGAUUCAAUGGAAUUGACAGUAUUGCUUCUGUUCUAUCAGAUUUGGGAAACCAAAUCUUGAAAAUUUGCUAUUAAUAUUAGAGACUUCUAAUUAUA